CGACUAUCGCUUCAGCUUCAGUUCAACAUGCGACGGUCAACAACGUCCGUUCUCAUUGGAAUACCAGUCCCUUUUCCUCCAGUCUGUCCCCGCUGCUGCUCUUCCCGUCUCUACCGUGACGUUUCCAUGGUCCUGUACCUUUGACUUUCCCCGUGCCAGUGCUAGGCGUCGUCACCGAGGGCAUCCCCACGCCGUUCGCAUGUCAAGCUCUCCUGUCAAUCGCUAAGCAGAGUUCUGAGCCUCCUAACGCAGCAGCAAUCAUGGGAACGUCACCCCCAUUCCUUUAUGACCGUCCUUCCACCUAUUCAUUCUACGGGCCAACGGAACGUCCUUUCAAUCCAAAGGUCGUCACACAAGCGAGCUGGACUCGCGAGAAGCCGAAGCCCAAGCCAAAUGGACCGUUGCUUCAUGUCGACCGCUCAUAUCUUUCAGAUAGCAAGUCUAAAUGGACCCCGAUGAGUCCGAGAACGAAAGGAAGGGUGAAGUAUGCACGGCUGACACAGCUCAUCUUCCGAGUGCUGGCUCUGCUCGGGGCUCUGGGAUCUCUGUUUUGUGGCAUUGUCAUUAAGAAUGCCUCAACUGCUGUCAUAUGGAUUAUGAGGAUUGUGCCCGCUGUUGCAAUCCUGCAUACAAUUUACGGCGUCUACCAUCUUUCUCGUUCCCCAGUCACCAGACCAGCUGCUUCCCAAGCUAGCUACAUGCUAUUUGCUUCUGCACUUGAUGCAGCUUUUACACCUUUCUACGCAUUUAUUGCUUUCGUCGGCUACCAACAAUAUACCCAGAAUUUGUAUCAUUGGGACUCCUUUUUUGCGAAUGCUGAAACGACCCAUCAGGUUGCCCAGGUUGCCUUUAUUUGCAGCGUCGUGAAUGCUGGAUUACAUGGACUCUCUCUCAUCCUUGCAAUAUCCUUAGCAGUUAUCUUCCGUCAGAUUUCGAGACUGCCGCCUGAUAUGAAUCCUCUGGAGGACAAUCUGACAGCUCGCCCUCACAAGAGAACCAAAUCUGAAAUUACCGAAAAGCACACUAGUCAAUCGUCCGUGGACUCUACCGACCCAUUGAUAGGACCGCCGCGCACCAUCCCUUUCAUGAACACAAGGACCAAUUCCUCCGGCACUGAACCAAGAAAGUCAGAAGAAACGCGGAAGUCACGAGUUACAGUGGCUUUGCAUCGCUUGUCCCAUGCCGUGAAUUCAAGCCCAGAAAUGCCUGCAGAGGAAGAACCGAACAAGUCAUGUUCUCGCGUGCCACAAAUAUCAGCAGACAGUAACUAUAUACCAGCCCGUCCACUCGAAGCAAUGUUUCCCAAUUCUUUGGAGCACGAAACGCGACCUGAUGUUCCUGAUAGGGAUGCAUGCUUGAGUCCUGAUUCAGAAAACUGGGUUAUCUAUCCGUCUCGGUCACCUUCGCCUGUGAAUGUCGUCGCGAGUGAGAACGUCGCUCGUCGCAACCCGUCUUCUACAUAUAGCAGGAGCAAUACAACGGCCUCUACUGCGAGCAGCAUGAGAGAUUGGCUUACAUCGGCCCAGAGAUAUGGCAACACAAGUACUCGUGGAGGAUACACAUCACUCACUACUACGCACGAGGAUUAUGGAAAUGAUGAGAUCGACGAUAUCUCGCGGCAGACUACAUUGUACGAUGACAUUGAGCAGGACCUGGGAGAGCGUCAUUUUGGCGCAUUCCUUGACGAUAAUCAGCACGAAGACAGAUCUACACUUUCAUUUAACCCGCUUGUAAUGAACCCGCCCACUCCACAACCCCCCACGCUGCAACUGCCAACGGAUGAAGCCUCCUACCAUGACACUCCAAGUAGGCGUCGCAUCGCCCUCAGUGACAUCCCCAAUGUUCCCAACAAUCAGCCAUUGUCAAUUCCUCCACUUAACAGUAUCGAAAAGAAAGCGCGGUUCUACGGACAACCCCAGGAGAAUAUUACGGGACAAGCUGCCAAUAUCGAAGAAGAGCCCCGUGCCCUCGAAGUAGGCAAACGAAGAAAUAGACUCGCCAAAAGAGCAUCUGGCAAGCCUAGCACCUAUAACGUUCUCAGCCAAGAUGACGAUGAGAAUACCGAAAACAUACCAGCCAAUCCUUCCACGAUUGAAGGUGACCGCAAGGGCCGCGUCGUGAGCAACUCCGGUGCCGACAUCGGGUCAUCAUCGACGCCGUAUGGAAGCUACAUUGCUGGCCUUGGAGUGGGAAGAAGACGUGAUGUCAGUGGGAAAAUAGCCGAAGAAGGCAGAAGUGGCUCUAAACCGGCUUUUAACAACAGUAAUGGACAGCCCGCAUCCAUUCGAGCUGCUGGAUGGGCACGCUUUGCUGGGUUAUGAAAAUGAUUUUUGAAAAAAAGAACAAACAAAAAAAUUCGAAUAAAAACUUAAAAAAGAAGGAAAAAAAUAAUAUUUAAGGAAAGGAGUUUUUGACGAUGUGGGAUGGAUUAAAUGAUUGGAUGAAUGGCCUCUUGACAUUUUUUUUUUUAUAUUUGAGCUCCGUUUCCGAUUUCUUUCAUGCUUCUUAGGUCCUCACCAGUUGGUGAUGUGUAUGGAUAUAGUGGGCAUUUUCUCUUUUGCUUUUGUUGUUAUCUUGCGUGUUAUUCUCCGUUCAACCGCUUGAGUUGUUCAACAAAGUACUUAGGUAGUCAGUAGACUAAUGAGUUGGAUGAAUGGAAUGCAUUUACGGGUAUGUGACAAUGGAAUUCGAGCUAUUUGCCCUGUACGGGAG